GUGUCGUACAGUCCAGUCGACCUCGGUGACAUCCGCGAGGAGGACGAGGAGAUAGUGUCGUCCAAGAGGUCCGGUACAAAUCCGCGGCGUCGAAGAUGAUGCACGCAAUGAGCGAGCAUGCAGGGGUGGGUGUGUUGCCGUUCGACGGAAUGGGCCUGUACGAACAGCCGCGGCCACCCCGGCUUGUCUUCAAGAUGCCGCGCGUUGUGCCCGAUCAGAAAGCCAAGUUUGAGAGCGACGAGCUGUUCAGAAGGUUGAGUCGCGAAAGUGAGGUAAGAUACACUGGUUAUAGAGAUCGGCCGAUCGAAGAACGUCAAGUACGUUUCCAAAAUGGCUGUCGGGAAGGCCACACAGAAAUCGCAUUUGCGGCAACAGGCACCAACCUCCAGCUUGUUUUCGGCAACGCAUCUGGAAACUACCCUGUCGAUCCCAAUGACUGUGAUUUUGAUAAGGAACACGGCAAGGUACACCUGCGCUCACAUUUGAUCAUGAACGGCGUGUGCGUGAGGUGGCGGGGUUGGAUCGACCUGGAGCGACUGGACGGCGUCGGCUGCCUCGAGUACGACGAGGAACACGCCGCUGAAGAGGACGCGUUGUUACGUGAUCAGCUCGAACGUUACAAUCAACGACUGCGCGAUUUCGAAGAGAAACAACGUACCUAUCGGAGUGGACCAGCGUCGGCUGCACAACCGCCGCAUCUUAAUCAUCACUAUCAUCACGACACACACCAUGCGACCAGCCACCAUCAUCAUCAUCACGGCCACCAUAGCCGGCACGUGGGUGGUGCAGGUGCCACCGGUGCCACCGCGACUGGUAUCGAGCCUCACUUGCCUCACCGCCAGGAUCCCGAGAUGGAAGUGCGAUUGCGAGCCUUCUGAGAUCCGCGCAGAUCCUCUGAUUGUUCCCGAUGAUGGUAAACGACGAAAAACCUCUUGACGAUAAGUCUCUUUUGAUCUCGGUCUCUUGAAGUGACUCCUUUAACGCGAAAUUGCGAUUUUUUUUUUUUUAAACGAUACCGAUAUUGAUGCCCAACUUCCUCACCUGUUCUGCAACGUGAACGAGCGUGUCGCGUCUGAUCUGUAACGAAAAGAUUAUUAAUCAAAUUUAGGUGAUAGAAUUGUUGAAGGAAAAUAAUCUUUUCGUUACAGUUCUCGCUAUUAAUCUAUAUUACACAAACAAGUGUGCAGCAAUCAUAAACCUGUUACAUAUGGAUUGGCAAUACAAACAAGAUUGUGUUCGUACUUCUUUCCUUACAUUAUGUUCAGAAACA